ACGCCCCUGGCCCAGCGCCUGAUGAUGCAGGAGAGCUCACUGGCCCAGUUUGCCCUGCAGAGCGCAGCCUCCCUUCCGGCCAUCACACUGGGAUUGCCGGCUACCAGUAGCGCCAGGGGAGAGGCAGAUCGCCGCCCCCUCUCCGGCCUGGCACACCGGGUGCCCGUGCUGAACGGACCUGUCCUCGCGGGCACACACUCGCCCAUGUUCAUACCAGCUGGCUUGGAGCAGCACGAGGCUGGGAGCCCCUUAUCCCCUCGGCUCCAGCCCGUCAUCAUCCUCGAGCCCUCGGUCACCCACACUCCGCUGGUGGCAGUGCCAGGUCUGGGAACGGUCCCCUUCUCCUUCACCCCCUCGCUCAUCUCUGCAGAGCGCCUGUCGCUCCCCGGCCACCAUAAACCGCUGGGCAGGACCCGCUCGGAGCCCCUGCCCCAGAACCCCAAGGCCAUCCAGCAGCAACUGGUGUACCAGCAGCAUCACACCCAGUUCCUGGAGAGGCUCAAGCAGCAGACGCAUCUGGGCAAGCGCAUGGCUAAAUCCAGCGAGAAGCCCCGUCUGCGCCAGAUCCCCUCCUCGGAGGACAUGGAGGCCGAGGGGACGCUCCCGGAGGCCGGGGCUGAGAGCAGCGACCCGGCAAGGGCACGCCUGGAGCCCACACGGCCGGGGAGCAGCGUGAAGGAGCCCGAGAGGACGCAGAAGAUGCUGCAGUCUCAGGAGGAGCUUGUCCUACAGCAGGCCUAUCUCUGGGAUUCCUACCAGCGCGGGCAGCAGCAGCUCCUCAAGCGGCAGCCCUUGGCCGACUCCCCCAUGGUCCCCACCAUCCAUGCAGGCCACAGGCCCCUCUCCAGGGCCCAGUCAUCUCCUGCCACCGCGACCGUCUCCCUCCCUGCCCAGGACACAGCCUCCAAGACUCUCUCCCUGCCUGUGCAGGAGCAGCCCGCCAAGCCGCACUUCACAACAGGACUGGUUUACGACUCGGUGAUGCUCAAACACCAAUGUUCCUGCGGCGACAACAGCAACCACCCAGAGCACGCGGGCAGGAUCCAGAGCAUCUGGUCCCGUCUGCAGGAGAGAGGGCUGCGCAGCCAGUGCGAGCCUGUUCCCACCGUUAGCCAGGCAACAAAGACCUCGGGAGAGGGCUUGGACUUGUCUGUGGCUGGCAGUGCCGAGUCGGAGCACGCUGGUCUGACCAUCCCCGGCUUCGGAAG